AUGGCUAUAAAAAAGAUACAUGGAAAGAACGAAAAACUCCGAAGAGAUUUCGCUCUUUGGCAGUUCUUUUCUGGUGCAAGUCCACAGAAUGCUCGUACGCAGGUCUUGACCUCAUUACGUUUGUUGCCGCAGUCGUCCAUGCUUACGUUGGCUUUCUUCAUUAUUGAAAUCAAUUUUGUUGAUAAGGUGCUGAAACGUCGGAAAUUCAUUACUGAAGGAGAAGAUGAACGCGGUGCUGGGUCGGCCGAGGAUGAUUCUGAACGUGUGUACGAUGAGGAAGUGGACGACACCAUAAUGAAUUUGGAUGUCGUCAAAGCAGUUGUUGCAGGCGUUGUUGCUGUACCAUGCAAUUUAGGCAUGCUCGUGGAAAUGUGGAAGGAGUGUAACAAAGUGGAAAUACCCAAUAUUGAGAAAGUACGCUCAUUCAUUGUGGAUGAGCUCAACAAGUUUGAUAACGAAGACACUCGUUUGUUUGAAAUCGAGCUGGCUGCUGUUAGUGGAAAGUCGAAAUUCGAAUUGUUUGAAGACGCGAUAAAGAAGACACCUACGGAGAGGAUGCAUCGGUUGUACUUGCAGUGGCUUCGUGACUCAGAAACUAAAGAUGCAUUUGUCGAGGUAAAAAUUCACGAUGUAUUCCGUGGUCUGUGCGACGGCGGAUGGAUGAAUGAUAAGGAUUGGAUAGAGAUGGAGAGGAUUAUACGCGAUUUCCCAGAGGAAUUCGACAAUGAGUUUAUCGCGAAAUGUCUUGAGAAAAGGCCUCAGUCUGUUGUGAUGUGGGAUGUGUACCUUGAGAAAUGUGUGGAUAGUGCUCACAUGUCUUCAGAUGACUUUAGGGCGUCGUGUAAUCGUGCAUUAGAAAAGGUGGAUCCAGACGAAAGCUAUCCAAUUUGGCAACAUGCCAUUGAUUACACCAUCAUACAUGCUCCUAACGAAACCGAACAGACAUUCAAAGAUGCACUGAAGUAUGCGAAUGCAGGUGUUGCUUCAAAAAUCAAGAUAUUAUUGAUAGAGUAUCUUUAUGAGCUCUUCGAUGAGGGAAAACUAACGACUGAGCGAUUGAAGGAGAGAAUAAUGGAACUAGUCAAUAGCAAACCAAACAGGGGUCGAAUUUCUAUUGCCGCUUGUUACCGGAAAGGAAAGUGA